CAUGAUCUACUGCGUAUUUAGAGAACAUCUCAAGAUCAGAUCGAGAGGAAGUAAUCAAUGACAGAUGCUUAGUUACAAACUUUAUAGGUAAUGCAUCAUCUUGGUGAAAUCCAUACUCUGCUCCAAAGAGUAUAGAUUUACAUUUGUUAUUCCAAAGCAAUCAGUGGAAUUUGUUAUCUGACUUUUGAAGAAACUAUAUAUCUCAUUUCUCAACUAGGUUUCUCUAAUGAAUAAUAACAUAAGAGAAAUUCCUUCAAGCAUGUUGUCUCCCAAGUGUCCAAUGCUCACAACCUUGUUGUUGUCCAAUAUCAAGAUUACAACAAUUUCAGAAGCUUUUUUUGAUCAGAUGCUUGGGCUGAAGAUCCUUGAUCUUUCUAAAAAUUACAAGCUAGGUAGGCUGCCGAGUUCUGUUUCCAAAUUGGAGAAUCUUACUACACUACUGUUGGAGAAUUGUAAGUCCUUAAAAGAGGUACCAUCUUUAUCCAACCUUGGAGGCUUAAAAAAGUUGGACCUUUUAGGGACAUCAAUUGAAGAACUACCACAAGGCCUCAAUAUGUUAACCAAUUUGAAAUAUCUUCAUCUUGGUGGAAAAUUAUCUGAAAUACCUGAUGGAUUACUACAAAAUCUCUCCGACCUUCAGCAUUUAGGAGUAUAUUGGACUAUACCACUGAAAGGGGAGGAGAUUGGAAAAUUGAGGAAGUUGGAAUUUCUUCAUGGCUGGUUCUCUACGGUGGAUGAUAUGAGCCGCUUUGUCAAUUCUAAACGAAAGUUGCUAAAUGGGUACUCUUUUUAUGUUGGAGGUUGCAAAGAAGAAGAAACAGGGCAUAGAAUGAUCGCUGGCUUUUCAAGUAGUGCAAAAUUGAUUAUAUACCGUCAUAUUGAUAUCUGUGGGGAGGCUACUUGCCUACCAUCUGAUGUACAAGGCUUGUACAUCUUGGACUGCAAGGAUGUGAGAAUCUUAAACGACAUUUCUGGCAUUCAAAAUGCAACCGACUUGCGGGGUUGUGUAGUUGAUAAAUGUGAUGGCCUGGAGUUUGUGGUUUCCUUGCGCUGCUUAAAGCCACUUCGAAACAUUGAGUUACUCUCCCUUUAUCAUUUGCCUAACUUGAAUGCAGUGUUUGAGAAAGUAGGAACAAUUGCCAAGCCAGCGCCACUGCCAGCUGGCACUUUUUCUCUCCUUCAAAAAAUUAAAGUUGUGGGUUGUGGAAAAAUAAAGAAGUUAUUGCCACUGGGGUUGUCGCUGUAUCUCCAGAAUCUUCAGACUAUUAAGGUGAAAGAAUGUGAUCAAAUGGAGGAAAUAAUAUGGUCCGAAGAUGGAGGAGGAAGAGAAAAAGCCCCAGAAAAACUCACUCUACCCAAGUUAGAAAGGUUGGUAUUGGAUGAUUUGCCCGCAUUGAAGAGCAUCUAUAGUGGUUUUAGUACUGUUUUGAUCUGUGAUUCCAUCAAAAGGGUUGAAAUUAAAGGUUGCGGAAAUAUAGAGAGUGUUUUUUGGUCGGGGUUCAACCCACUUCCAACCCUUGAGUAUCUGCAGCUUUGGAGCUUAGAGAAUUUGGAAUCCGUUUUUGAUGAAGAAGCACUUGGUUUAUCGGCUCCUUCCACCACCUUUUUCUCUCUUAAAACAAUUGAUGUGUAUAAUUGCCCUAAAUUAAAGAAAGUAUUCUCACUUGGAUGGCUGCUACGCUACUUCCAAUCUCUAGAGACUAUUGAAGUUGAUGACUGUAACCAAAUGGAGGAACUGUUUUCAUCAUCGCCCUAUGAAGAAAUAGAAACCCUAGAAAAAAUCACUCUACCCAAUUUACAGAGUUUGGAAUUGAAGAAGUUGCCCGAAUUGAAGAGCAUCUGUAGUAGUUCCAGUGUGUUGAUUUGUGAUUCCAUCAGGAGUUUGAAGAUUGGCUACUGUGAGAAGCUAAAGAGGAUUCCUUUGCAUCUUUCCUCGCUUGACAAUGGCCAGCCUUCCUCCCUCAAACAAGUUCAUGUAUACCCAAAAGAUUGCUGGGAAUCAUUGGAAUGGGACCAAUCCAAUGCAAAGGCUGUCCUUCUACCUUCUGUAAAUUUCUCUAGGAUGCCCUAAGAAGCAAAGGAGUGCAGGCUCUUUGGUGAUUGGACAGUGCAAAUCAAAGCUGGAGUUGGACUCUGUUACCACAAGAAAGCCGGAGGAAAUCACAUUUGCUUGUAUCUAUGGUUGUUGUGUUUUCAAUUUAAUAUACAUAGGCUUGCUAUUUUAUUUUAUUUGUGUUGUGACUUUAAAUAUGUCAAAUUCUAAGUGGAAAUGUUUGUUUACUUAUCUGUGUAAUUUUGUAUUUCAAUCUUGUGUGAAAGGAUCUGUCUUAUUUCCUAUGGUAUUUCUUUUCCUGCAUCUGCAUCUUUACUUUUAUUGUAAUAAGCAUUUUGGCUAAAC